AUGAACUUUUGGAGGUACUGCUUUUUUGCUUUCACUGUGUUCAGUGGGGUUAUUUUUGUGAUAUUUUAUAAUAGCCCGUUACACCUGCCAAAGAGUUUCGGGAUGCUGAAUAGCUCCAGUCACAGGUAUUUUAGAAUACACGCCUGUGAUUACGCCUUAGAAGAUAAGUCCACUUUUUUGUGGGGAAAGAUGUUGCCAUCACCUUUGGGGAGUGUCCCCUGUAAGGACUACCUGAUCCAAAAUCACUACAUCACCAGCCCCCUGUCGGAAGAAGAAGUUGCUUUUCCUUUGGCUUAUGUCAUGGUCAUCCAUAAGGACUUUGAUACUUUUGAAAGGCUCUUCAGGGCUAUCUAUAUGCCCCAAAAUGUCUACUGCGUUCAUGUGGAUGAGAAAGCCACAGCUGAGUUUAAGGAAUCUGUGUGGCAGUUACUGAGUUGCUUCCCAAAUGCUUUUGUUGCUUCCAAGAUGGAGCCAGUGGUCUAUGGGGGUAUCUCCAGGCUCCAGGCUGACCUGAACUGCCUAAAAGACCUCGUGGCGUCCAAGGUGCCGUGGAAGUACGCCAUCAACACGUGCGGGCAAGACUUUCCCCUGAAAACCAACAAGGAGAUAAUUCGGUAUCUGAAAGGCUUUAAAGGGAAAAACAUUACCCCGGGGGUGCUGCCGCCCAAUCACGCAAUUAAGCGGACUAAAUUCGUCCACCGGGAGCAUAUAGGCGAAGAUGGCUCCUUUGUGAAAAAUACAAAUAUUUUGAAAACCUCACCUCCACAUCAGCUGACCAUCUACUUUGGCACUGCCUAUGUGGCCCUUACCAGAGAGUUUGUCGACUUUGUCUUCCAUGACAAAAGGGCCAUUGAUCUACUACACUGGUCAAAAGAUACUUACAGCCCCGAUGAACAUUUCUGGGUGACACUUAAUAGGAUUCCAGGUGUCCCUGGCUCCAUGCCAAACGCAUCGUGGACUGGUAACCUCAGGGCUAUAAAGUGGAUUGACAUGGAAGAUAAACACGGAGGCUGCCAUGGCCGCUAUGUCCACGGCAUCUGUAUCUAUGGAAACGGAGACUUGAAGUGGUUGAUUAAUUCGCCCAGCCUCUUCGCUAACAAGUUUGAGCUUUCCACGUACCCCCUCACCGUGGAAUGCCUCGAACUGAGGCUUCGAGAAAGAACCCUAAAUCAGAGUGAAACAGUAAUACAGCCCAGCUGGUAUUUCUGA